AUGGGGGCAAAGGUGGAGGUUGAAGGCUACAAUCCUGGGCAUUGCGCCAUGGGGGAUCUCCACGCAAGCGCGAAUGGCUGGAGGUUUCCAUACGAGGAGGAGACAUCAAAUGGCUUCGUGACGGCGGAGGCGGUCGGUUAUUCGGAGUAUGAUAAAGAGAUGUUCAGGCGCACAAUGCUGGCGCAUGAAGCUGUGUUUAGACAGCAGGUGUACGAAUUGCAUCGGGUUUACAGAGUACAGAGAGACCUGAUGAAGCAGCAUCAGAGCAGAGAAAUGCAUGCAUGCUCAACACUGGAAGAUGCAUCGCACAGAGAUUCACCGUCACAAAUUCCACUGCAUGGUGCAAACAUGAUUGGUGCUGCUGCUGUGAACAAUGAGAAAAGCCAGUCGUCCAAGUUCCCCAGGGAGGGCAGUGUCCAGUCCUCGCCAAAUGGAUUUCCCUCAAGUGAUGCUGCUCUACCCACCAAACAAGGCAGGUUUAGGUUUGACCUUGAGCUCCGAGCUGAUCAUUGUUUUGAAGAUGACCAUGCAUCGGACAGUAAGCCUAUAGAUUUCCUUGGUGUAUCAUCGGAUACAAAACAUCCGAAUGAUGCCGGUGUCGCAUUAGCUAGGGCGGAAGGCUUGGGGAGGUUCGGUCAUAAUAGUGCAACCUCCUUUCCGCCGAGUACAGGUAAUCUUGUAGGCCACAAUCACAAUGUUGCUGACCUGAAUAAGCCAACUCUGGGCCCAUAUAUGGCCAGAACAAAUGGGACAGUAUCGGGAGGUCCUUCAUAUGCCCUGGAGAACUCUUGGCAGCAGUCUCCAUGGAGAUCAAGCACAACUAACUGCAGUUUCAAUAAAGAAUAUUCCAAGGACAAGCGUAUUAAUGAAGCCACAAGCUCUAAUUUCUUUGAUGCAAGUUCCAGGAUAAAACAGGAGGAGAAACCACUGAUCGACAAAGGGAAACGUGCCAGCAGCACAGGUUUUCUUGCACCCAGAUGCAGUGGCAUGGAUCCACAAAAAAUGUUCAGUGCUGCUGACAGGGGAUCUGCAAGCAGUAACAAGUUUAUUUACCAAUGUCCGAAUAGUUCACCCGGAUGGUUUUCAGGAAGUCCUUUGGAAGCCUAUGCUAUCAAUAAUCUUCCUGGACAUGACCAUCUACGCUAUACAAGUAGCACACUUGUUGCUCCAGUCACUUCUCUGCACAUGGACCAACCUUCUGCUGCCUCUCGUGUUGGUUCUUGCAUAGUAGACCCAAGGAGCUAUAACAUCAGUGCUGAUGUCCAGUCAUUUCCAAGUUUCAAUGGAUCUUCAACUGUCAAUUCAUAUGCAUGCUUCACUGCUGCGAACCAAAGCAUUGGAACCUCAUCAUGUAAUCUGAAAAAAAUCAAUAACUCAGAUGGCAGCUAUUCUGACGUUCCACUUGAUUCAUUGUCUGCAUCACAACCACGGCAUCAGACAAGAAUUCCAAGUGACUUGGAGCAAAACAACAAGCUGAUGUUUGGACACCCAACACGGCACUGUCAUGAAGAUCCUGAUUUUGCAAAUGGCAAGGGCAGAAAGAACUUUAAUUUGAAUGAAGCAUUGUCUGAUGGUCAAGAAGAUAUCGUUGUAGAGCAAGAAGGGGUGUGUGUAGGUGGUUUACAGCAUAUCAAAGUUGAGGGAUCAGUAUCUGGGAUUUCUUGGCUCAGUAAGAAAGCUUCAUGUGCUGAUUCCACAGGUUUGGAGGAGCCAAGGAAGGUGUCUGAACAUUCUUAUGGGACUGCAGCGCUGAUUAACAUUAAUGAAGAUAUAACGGGAGCAGCUCUGGCUCUAUGCAAUUUGCCAGAUUCUGCUUCGACGUCUGUAGGUUGUGGAACUAAGAAGGAUAGGUCUUGUGACAAGAUCGGCGCUAGAACUCAAGAGAGUGCUGCAUGUUUACCCCUUUCAUGCCAGAAACCCAUGCCUAGAGAUGGGCAAGCUGCUGAGGGUGUCACCAAUAAGAGUGGUGCUGCCGUCUGGAAUUUUAUUGAUCUGAAUGAAGAUGCACCAAAUGAAGAUAACUCAGAGUCAUCUGUAGUGUCAAGUGAUUGCCAUGUGACAUCCUUACAGAACAACCAUGCAAAGCCUAAGUUUCUGAUUGAUUUAGAAGUGCCAGCUUGCGAAGAUGAUGAUGCUGCUACAGCUGCAGCAGAGAGCAUUCUUGCGUUGUCGAGGGAUGUGCCAGCCACUGCAGAGACACCUGAUGAUAUGUUGCAGUGGUUUGCAGAGAUCGCCAUAUCAAGCACCGACUACCAUGCCGGGCAAGGGGAGGUCCAAGGCUGUGCCAAUAAUUCUAGUGAUGAUGAUCCAGAUUCAUUCGAAUCGCUGACACUGAAGCUUGAAGACAUCAAGACUGAUGAGUUGUGCAGCAGGCCACCGGCGCCCGCGAUAACAACAAGUGAUGAGCAUACUGUCUCACCGGUGAACCUCCUGAUGAAGCUGAAGAGAGGCCAGCAAAGGAAGCGUCGGCAGAAGCGUGACUUCCAGAAAGACAUCCUGCCUAGCAUCUCGUCGCUGUGCCGGCCUGAGAUCAUCGAAGACAUUCAGCUCCUGGAGGGGCUGGUUCAGACGACUGGUGGAUCCUGGGAGUCGAGCUUAACUAGGCGAAGGCGUACGAGGGGUAACAAGAAACCCAAGAAAAGGGUGCUGGACGCCGUAGAAGAGGAGGUCCAGGUCAGCGUAGAAGAAGAGGUCCAGCGAGAUCGAAUUGUCGCCGUGGCGCUGAUGGGUUUGAUGGGUUCGGAGGCUGGAGCUGAUGUGGUGGGGCUGCACCUGCACGAUAAUGUGGUUGCCUGCAUUGAGUACACGGCCGAUAUCAAUAUUUUCAUGGCUCUUGCUGCCUGA